AUGUUUGCUAAACCUUUUGUUGGACAAUUAGGUAAUGGACAUAGAGAUGGUAUUUAUACAAUAAGUAAAAAUUUCAAAGCUUUAAAUAAAUUAGCUACAGGUAGUGCAGAUGGUAUAAUUAAAUAUUGGGAUUUAAGUACAUCAACUGAAUUAGCAAGUUUUAAAGCACAUUAUGGACAAGUUACAGGUACUGCUGUGAAUCAUGAAGGGAAAUUAUUAUCUGCAGGUGAUGAUAAAACUGUUAAAUUAUGGUCUGUUAAUUCAGAUGAUUAUACAGAUUUAGAUGAAACAAAAGUUACUAAAAAAGGUUUACUCAAGACUUAUUUGGGUGAACAUGCUUUCCAAAGUUUAGAUCAUCAUUAUAGUGAUAAUUUAUUUGUUACAGGUGGUGCAGAAAUUCAACUUUGGAAUGAAUCAAGAUCAAGACCUGUAUCAAAUUUAUCAUGGGGUGCAGAUAAUAUAUCAAAAGUUCGUUUUAAUAAAACUGAAACUUCUAUAUUAGCAAGUGCUGGAUCUGAUAAUUCAGUUGUCUUGUAUGAUAUAAGAACAAAUACACCAACUCAAAAAUUAGUUCAAACAAUGAGAACUAAUGCUAUAGAAUGGAAUCCAAUGGAAGCUUUCAAUUUCGUAACGGCAAGUGAAGAUCAUAAUUUAUAUUAUUAUGAUAUGAGAUAUAUGAAAAAAGCCAUGAAUGUUUUCAAAGAUCAUGUUGCUGCAGUAUUAGAUGUUGAUUUCUCUCCAACUGGUGAAGAAAUUGUUAGUGGUUCAUAUGAUAAAACUAUUCGAAUUUUUAAAACAAAAGAAGGUCAUUCUCGUGAUAUUUAUCAUACAAAGAGAAUGCAACAUGUUUUCCAAGUUAAAUUUUCUAUGGAUUCUAAAUAUAUUGUUAGUGGUUCAGAUGAUGGUAAUGUAAGAUUAUGGAGAUCAAAUGCAUCAAAGAAUUCAGGUGUUAAAUCUUCAAAGGAAAGAUCUAAAUUAGAAUAUGAUGAAGCAUUAAAAGAAAGAUUUAGACAUAUGCCAGAAAUUAAAAGAAUUUCAAGACAUAGACAUGUUCCAGGUGUUGUUAAAAAGGCUAAAGAAAUUAAAAAUAUUGAAAUUCAAUCAUUAAAGAAAAGACAAGAAAAUGAAAGAAGACAUAGUAAACCUGGUUCAAAACCUUAUAAAAGUGAACGUGAAAAACAAAUUGUUAAUACUGCUUUUAAAACUGAUGAAUCAAAGAAUUAA